AUGAGGGCGACGCGUCCCAUCCGGCCGCCGGUGACCAUGGCCUUUGAAGCGUUGACGAUGGAGUAUAAAUAUCCACAGUCUUCCGUCGAUAGGGUGUCCAUCUGUCCCUGGAACGCUCAAGCAACAGUUCCCAUCUUCACUGGGAACCUCGGAGCAGAUAUCAACGCAUACGACAUCGGAAACCAGCCAUCGGUCAUCGCCAUGAAGCUGCUCGCUGUCGCCGCCGUCUUCCUGGCUUCGGCUGUGGCCUUGCCGACCAACGAGUUUGCCUCUCACGAGGAGAGGGACCUGGAGGAGAGAAGCAACAACUACUAUCCUCCUCCGCCACCCUACUACCCGCCUCCUCCCCCUCCCAAGGACACCUACAAACCACCACCUCCUCCGAAGACCACGUACAAGCCUCCGCCGCCCAAGGAGACCUACUAUCCUCCCCCGCCGCCCAAGAACACGUACAAGCCUCCUCCCCCGCCGCCCAAGCAGACCUACUACCCGCCGCCUCCUCCCAAGACUACCUAUAAGCCUCCGCCGCCCAAGGAGACGUACUACCCUCCUCCUCCGCCCAAGUACACGUACAAGCCGCCGCCGCCGCCGCCAAAGUACACGCCUCCGCCCAAGCCCACGACGACCAAGAAGGCUCCCCCUCCCAAGAAUACCUACUACCCGCCUCCGCCUCCCAAAAACACGUACACACCCCCCGCGCCCCCGAGGUACACGCCUCCUGGCAACUACUACCCGCCGCCGCCCGGCAACAACGGCCCGUACUAG